CCGAAAUCUGGUUAACCACGACCAUCUGGGUGCGCUUGACUUCAGAAUCUGAUCUUGCGAUCGUUGGUAAUGCAAAGCGUAUGGCUGGUGCUGAUGGUGCGGCUAAUGGCUAACACGUGGACAUUUUCGAUGUUUUCGUAGCUCGAUAUCGUCGCGUUGCCGUGCGUCUGGCCAGAAGCAUUUUAGUCGAAAUUGAGCGCUGGAGCUGCAAGCGUCAUCGAGCAUACAACGGGAGCAGUGAUGGCAGAUUUCACGAUCAACAAGCCUAGCAAUGGCUUGCUAACGGUCGCCACUUGUUUCUGUAUAAGACUGUCAGUCGUUGCACCACUCUGAGGUUCUCCACAACAAACACACACCUCUACAACUUCAAAAUGACACACCAGACAAAUGACAACCACCUCAACGGCAACAGCUACCCCAAAGGAAUGGAGUCCAAUGGUUCCGCUGCGCAUGUCCCCGAUGGCAAGAACGAGCCACUCCUGCUCCAGGACUUCCACCUCGUCGAUCUCCUGUCGCAUUUCGACCGCGAGCGUAUUGCUAAGCGUGUAGUUCAUGCCAAGGGUGCCGGUGCGCACGGUUACUACACCACCACAGACUUUUUGGAAGAUCUCUGCUUGGCGGGCAUCUUCAAGCAGGGUAAGGCUUGCCCCAUCACAGUUCGGUUCUCGACUUUCAGGACUGAUGAGGGUAAUUGGGACGUUGUUGCCAACAACACGCCUGUCUUCUUCCUGAUAGGUCCUGCCAAGUUCUCCCAUUUCAUUCACACACAGAAGCGCCACCCGUCGACCCAUCUGACACACGCCGAUGACUCGCCCAACUUCUGGCACUACGCAUCAAAGAACCCUGAAUCUGUUCAUCAGUUCAUGAUCCUCUUCGGCAACCGCGAUAUUCCUGAUGGCAAGGGUGAGUGGGUGUACAUGCAGCUUCACUUCAAGUCGAAGCAGAGCACUGGGUUCAUCACCCAGCAGGACUCUGCCAACUAUUCCCCAGACUACUCCACGAAUGACUACUUGUACCAGGCCAUCGAGAAGGGUGAUCACCCCGGGUGGGACAAGAUCAACGUAUUCGACCUGACACACGUCUGGCCGCAGGACCAAUUCAAGCUCCGCAAGAUCGGAGAGUUCUUCCUGAACGAGAACCCCAAAAACUACUUCGCGGAGGUUGAACAGGUCGCCUUCCAUCCUGCGCACUUAGUCCCGAGUAUCGAGCCAUCAGCCGAUCCUCAUGACGGACAGAUGGCCUUCCACAGCCAGGGGUCAAGGCCCAACUACCUCUCCUCGAUCCAGCUCAUCCAGUUCAAGAAGAGAUCCGUUGAGUUGAACAAGGUGGACAAUAACUUCCAGGGCGAUGCCAUUACCUUCUUGCCUGAGAUCAAGCCUGGAGACUUCAACGCGCCGCGCAAGCUGUGGGAGAAGGUGUUCGAUGACGGUGCUGAGGAGCGCUUCAUCAAGAACAUCUCUGGCCACAUGGCGACCUGCGCAUAUGAGGAGAUCAUCAAGAGGGUCAUUUGCAUCUUCAGGGGGGUAUCGGACGACAUCGCUACUCGUUUGGAGAAGGCUACCGGCGAGAAGGGCUACGACAGCAUCUCGAACUUGCAGUUCAACGGCUCCUUUAGCCGUAUGACAAAGGACGAGACGAAGGCGGCAGCAAACGGAAAGGAGAAGAAGUUUCACGAGAGAAACGGUGCACCCACCAAGGCAUGA